CACCAAUCCAGUCUGCAGCAAUGCACACACGCCCCUUUCGGCCCAUCAACCGCAGCCACCAUUAAAUCACCCCACAAGUCUGGCCUGGUCUGGCCUGCCCUGUCCUGCCCUGCCUGGUCUUUUCUACCACAGUACGUAUGUACUCCGUAGCAUCUAGUCUUUUGUCCCCCCCUGGUCAGCCGUCUUCCUGCCAUCACAUCACAUCACCUCGCAUUGCGCAUCGCAUCUCCCGUCAACACUCUUCGCAUCGCAGCUCGACCGACCCUUUCUGCCCAUUGACUUUUUUCCUCGUCUUCGCAUUUAGAUCAAGACCCAUUGACUUUUUUUUUCCUGUUUUUGUUGCCGCGUCGACACGCUACGACCUGACACGACUGACUGUUGCUGUGCAUUUUGGGAUCUGUAAGUGAUGGAUGGUGAUUUCCUUAUCUCUGGCACUCUUGUCGUCAUUUUGUCUUGUCCUGGGCCGAUCAAUAUACGACGUUGAGGAGGGCGUUGCAAGAACACCACGAACCGCAAACCACAAACCACAAACCACGCAACACAUGCACGCCAACCAAGACGGCCGGCCAGUGCUCGUUAUUGCCGUAACUUGGGUCAACAAAGCAGCCCUGCAGCUCUGCAGCUCUGCACACUGCGAUUGCGACUUGUUGCCCGAGACAAGAACCAAGAAGCCAUCGAAGCAAGCCCCUUGUCCAUAGAGGAGACCGGCCCUCGAAGUGACGUCGUCGGUGCUGCAACUGCAACUGCAAACCAGCACGGCACAAGACAAUAUCCAAGCAAGCUUUCUCUCUCCUGCAGCUGACAGGCCUCGAUCGCUUCGCUUGAUGCUAUCCCCACCUGGACCCAUCACCCUCGCUCGCCGCGUCCCUUUCUGCUUUGGGGUUUCUUGGGCUUCUUACAUGUGGAGAUAAGGCCACACAGCUGUCCCGUCGGGCCUGCACCUGCGAAACUGUUUGGGCCCCCCGGCUCGCUGCCCAAGCCGCCCUCGACCUCAUUCAUCUUGUCGUCUUAUGUUGUCCCGCCCGGGAACACCAUCUGUUGUCUCUCUUGUUGCUCUCCUCCUGGUAGUAAUAAGCCUCAUCCUCCUGCACAGUUUUAUUCUGUAGAUUAGUUGCAUCGUCGUUAUCUCUGCAUUUGUUUUUUUGUUUUUUGUGUUGUUCCUGCGCAUUUCCUUCUUGCUUCUCCACCGGGCCCCCCUUCGCUUUCCCGAAACUUUAUCGCGCUACGAGGCCACCCAGCCUUGAGACAGCAACCUGCAUGCAGCCCGCUAAUCCUCGUCUCCGCCCCGACAACAGCUCACCACCUUUUUCUCCCUCCACAUCCUCCCUCGACGUUCGCACCAUCAGCGGCGGCGACCACCACCCACACCACCACCACGAACACGCCUGCCAUCCCCGUCGGCUCAAUAACAAUACUCUCUUCGCCAAAGGCAGCAACCACACACCGCCCGACGACCACCCACACUCGCAUGCUAUGGCAGCUGUCAUCGGAGACUUUGCAAACCAUUCCGGAUUCCACACUAUGAUCGCAACCCAGGGUCUCCCAUACUCCCAAGAAUCAUCCCACGCCUCCUCCCACUACCGAUCUAGCAGCCAUUCGAGAAGCUCUACCCCCCGAAACCACCCUCCAGCCAGCCGGCAGCAGUCCUCGCGGGCCUCCCCACGAUUCUCCGCCACGUCCACCACCGACAGCGCCGCAUCGAGACUACCCUCGCCCCCAGACUCCUCGUCUGGUAGCACCAGUGCUGGUGCCGCAAGCGCCUCACAAUCAGACGAAGACCUGAAGGCGAGGUACACAAGCAGCGUUGCACAGGAUGGUCAGAAGCAGGUCUACAUGGAAUCCUCAGCCGCGCACCAACCUGCGCAGGGAUUCUCCGCUGCCGGUGCUGCUGCCGCCGAUUGUACCCCCAACUCCUCGUCUCAGACCGUCGCCGGAUCCGCCCAGCCAAGUCAGGUCCUUCCCUCUCCCGCCUCCAAUUCUGGCGAUAGAUGGGGCGCAUCGCAGUCCACACUGAACUCCUCGCCCACCUCCCCUACACAACAACAGACCACCAUCAAGGUUCGGGACCUUGCUCAUGUCCAGGCUCUCGCACGUUCGGGCAUGGGUUUCGACGACGAUGUGCCCCUGCAAUCCCUCAAAUACGACCUGAGCGAGUGCCCCAUCGGUGAUGUCAUCGAGAUGGUCGCAGCGCUCCUGACCAAGAUCACCACCACCAACGACCAGCAGCACGAUGCUCUCAGCAGGAAUGCCGUAGAGCGCAACGCCAGCCACGUCAAGCAGGCCCAGGCCCAGAACGACGGCUUGGCUUCGGAGAACAGCAUGAGCCCCCUGAGUAGCAGCGUACUGGCCUUCCACGGCAAGAACGUACCUGCCAUCACCAUAUUGAGCUAUCUGAGCCGCAUACACAAGUAUUGCCCGACCACUUUCGAGGUGUUUCUGAGCUUGCUCGUCUAUUUUGACCGCAUGACGGAGAGGGUCAACGAUAUCGUUAUGAAGGCAGAAGAGGCCAAGAAGUCAGGCCACGCACAGGAUCAGGCCCAGGCUGAUGUCGUCAUGAAGGAGGCCCCCUGCGAGAGCAGCGACAGCGACGAGGACCUGGACGAGGAUAUAGUGGAUGACUCGGACAGCGAAGGGGAGCGACCGGCGGAGCCGAAGAGGGCGCAAGCGAGUGGCACAGGGAAGGCUAGCGGUACACCCUCUGCCGCCAGCCAGCCUACAUUUUUCGUCGUGGACAGCUUCAACAUUCAUAGGCUGAUCAUUUCUGGUGUGACGUGUGCGAGCAAAUUCUUCUCGGAUGUCUUCUACACAAAUUCGAGAUAUGCAAAGGUUGGGGGUCUUCCGCUCGCCGAGCUCAACCACCUGGAGAUACAAUUCCUCCUUCUGAACGACUUCCGUCUCGCAAUCCAGGUCGAAGACCUGGAAGCCUAUGCGACGAUGCUGGUCGAGUUCUAUGCGCGAGAGGUUGUCUCUCGGCCUGGCGCAGGCCCGGCCUAGACCGCCGAAGCGCAGUGUAAUCUGAAGGUUGCAAGUUUUUUGGAAGAUAACUUUGUACGCAAUGCGGCCUAUGACCGAUGGGCACCACCGGCACUUUUUGGGCAGAGGCCUUUUUUGAUACCCGGAUAGAUGUUGGAACGACUAGAUGAGAGGAACUCGCACGCAAUAGCGGUAUCAUGCGUAAUAUGUCAUCUGGGAGAGAUGCGAGCGUAGCAUGAGAGACCCCAGUGGGAAGAGGAGGCUAGAGCGGGUGAGAGAAAAUGUGGGCAAAAGCACACGAGAGAGCUAGUCGGUUUGAUAGGUUGGUGUAUAUCAUGACACGACGAAUUCCUACUAUCACCCGAGACGGGAAGGCGAAAGUCUGCUGCUGGCUUGAAAUUACGGUAUGCGGGUAUGAGGGAAGUCCAGAGGGGGGCGAUGACUAUCCCCACUGACGGCCUGUUGUGUAAUAUUUUCAUGUGCAUGGGUAUCAGCGAGCAAACGAGGGUGUACGGCGUGGUUGGAGGGGAAGGGCACGGCGUAAAUGGUACAUGUAAUGAAUGAGCAGAAUGGGACGGACGGGUUCAACUACUAGCGGAGGAUGGGGGUAAGGCUAUGGGGUUUCGAGCCCUGGUGAUGGGCUCUGUAUUCUUAGGUUCUCAGCAUUAAAUGGAGCGGUUUCUUGCA